UUUUCUCCCAAAUGCAAUCUCCCGAAAACCCUAACAGAGACUGCGUCGUCAUUUCGCCGCCGCCGGUACAUUUUCGCCGUCACCACCUCACUGCUUAAGGCUGCAACUUAAGUUGAAGCCGGUGGCUUGAAACGUUAUGAUCACAACCUUUUCAAUUGUUACACUUUUAAAUGCAGUAACGAAAUUUUUGCAGCAGAAACCAAAUUAACCGUUUCACAAUCUUGCUUUCAUAUCCAAUUAUCUGAACCCAAUUUGAAAGCUUGAAAAUUUCCAACUGAAAACCCCAAAUUUUGAAAAUGGGGGUGAACCCUUUUUUAGUUACAGUGACAUGAAUAUGACAUUGAUUAAAGGGUUCUAACUUUCAGCACGUUUUAUGCUUUAAUGGCACUGCGUGUGUUCUACCCCAUUUUUUGUUCCAAGUUCCACCGAUUGAUUCUGUCACCUUUUGCAUUUGUUGAUUGCAUUUGUGAUUUUAGCUAUUUGUUUUGUUCCAAUGCUUUAGAUUGAUUAUUGCGGUUUCUGUAGUGUCUCUCUAGUUAUUGCUGAAUGGACACAAGAAAACUACUACCUCUUUUGAGAGCCUGUGUGAAUUCCAAGUCACUGAAGCAAGGCAAGCUUGUUCAUCAGAAAGUUGUAACUUUUGGCUUGCAAAAUGAUAUUUUCUUGUGCAAGAACCUGAUCAGCCUAUAUAUUUCUUGCCACUUGUAUGAUCAUGCAAAGUGUGUUUUCGAUACCAUGGAAAACCCAUGUGAGAUAUCCUUGUGGAAUGGCCUGAUGGCUGGUUAUACUAAGAAUUACAUGUAUGUGGAAGCCCUAGAGCUUUUUGAGAAAUUGUUACAUUAUCCUUACCUGAAUCCUGAUAGUUAUACUUACCCUAGUGUUCUUAAGGCUUGUGGGGGACUGUGUAGAUUUGUCUUGGGAAAAAUGAUUCAUACAUGUUUGAUAAAAACAGGUUUAAUGAUGGACAUUGUAGUUGGAAGCUCACUUGUGGGUAUGUAUGCUAAGUGCAAUGCAUUUGAGUAUGCUAUACAGAUGUUCAAUGAAAUGCCUGAAAAGGAUGUGGCAUGCUGGAAUACAGUGAUUUCUUGUUAUUACCAAAGCGGAAAGUUCAAAGAGGCCCUACAAUAUUUUGGUGUAAUGAGAAGAUCUGGAUUUGAACCUGAUUCAGUUACAAUCACGACUGCUAUUUCCUCUUGUGCUAGACUUUUGGAUUUGGACAGGGGAACGGAAAUUCAUAAGGAAUUAAUUAAUAGAGGGUUUCUGCUGGAUAGUUUCGUUAGCUCUUCUCUUGUUGACAUGUACGGAAAAUGUGGUCACUUAGAAAUGGCCAUAGAGGUUUUUGAGCAAAUACCUAAAAAGACAGUUGUUGCUUGGAAUUCCAUGAUCUCAGGAUAUGGUUUGAAAGGUGACAGCAUUUCAUGCAUUCAACUUUUUAAGAGGAUGCACAAUGAGGGGGUCAAGCCAACUUUUAUUACUUUAAGCAGUUUAAUAAUGGUUUGUUCACGGUCAGCCCGAGUACUAGAGGGGAAGUUUGUACAUGGAUAUAUAAUACGGAACAGAAUACAGUCUGAUGUUUAUAUUAAUUGCUCACUCAUGGAUCUAUACUUCAAAUGUGGAAAGGUAGCAUUAGCUGAAAACAUCUUUAAAUUAAUACCGAAGCCCAAGGUAGUUUCUUGGAAUGUUAUGAUAUCUGGGUAUGUGGCUGAAGGGAAAUGUUUUGAAGCCCUUAGCCUCUUUAGUGAAAUGAGAAAAUCAUAUGUUGAACCGGAUGCUGUUACUUUUACCAGUGUUUUAGCAGCUUGUUCACAACUAGCAGCACUGGAAAAAGGCAAAGAGAUUCACAAUCUGAUUAUUGAGCGAAAUUUGGAUAGUACUGAGGUGGUUAUGGGAGCUCUCCUUGAUAUGUAUUCUAAGUGUGGUGCUGUAUACAAAGCAUUUGAUGUUUUCAAAUGUUUGCCAGAAAGAGAUCUUGUGUCCUGGACCUCCAUGAUUACUGCUUACGGGUCUCAUGGUCUUGCCCACAAAGCUUUGGAGCUUUUUGCUGAAAUGCUGCAGUCCAAUGUGAAACCUGAUAGAGUUACUUUUCUUGCCAUAUUAUCUGCUUGUGGUCAUUCUGGGUUGGUUGAUGAUGGGUGCUAUUUCUUCAACCAAAUGAUCAAUGUUUAUGGCAUUAUACCUAGAGUUGAACAUUAUUCAUGCUUGAUUGACCUUCUUGGACGUGCUGGAAGAUUGCAUGAAGCGUAUGAGAUUCUGCAAAGAAACCCUGAAAUCAGGGACGAUGUUGGAUUGCUAAGCACAUUAUUUUCUGCAUGUCGUUUGCACAGAAACAUCGAUUUGGGGGUUGAAAUUGCAAGAAUGCUUAUUGACAAGGAUCCUGAUGAUCCAUCAACCUAUAUUCUCUUAUCAAAUAUGUAUGCUUCUGCACAUAAAUGGGAUGAGGUACGGAUGGUGAGAUCAAAGAUGAAAGAGCUUGGAUUAAGGAAGAAUCCAGGGUGUAGUUGGAUUGAGAUUAACCAGAAGAUCGAAUCUUUCUUUGUUGAAGACAAUUCACACUGGGAUCUAGAAUUGGUUAAUAAAUACCUUUCACAUCUCACUAGUCACAUCGAAGAUGAGUCUAAACCAUUUAUGUAUCAUUUUGAUGUUGAAACUUGAAGCACUGGGAUUUUAGUUUUCAAAUUAGCAAUAGAGGAUAAGCUUGGGAGAUGGACAUGAUGAGGAUCCUAAGACAAUGAUCCUUCGAGCAAGUAACUGAUCUUUAAAUUUUUCUGACCAAAAUCCAAAAUGGACCAGGGAAGAACCCCAAAGGAACUUUGGCUUUCCUUUUCUUGAUUGCAGAUUUCAUCUAGGAUUACCAACUCAAUGGAUUAAGGAAGCUACCAUUCAUUGCAUAUGUAAGAAAAUGUGCAUUAUUCAUGUGUUCAUUCAUCAGAAUUUUGUUUGUUUAAAGCGUGCGCUCACACACGUCCUAGAAAAAACAGAGAGCCCUUUCUCUGUCUCUCAAAUGCCAUUUAACUACAGAAAAAAGGUUGAAUGUCAAACAACUAAAGUUUGCACAAUACAUUAUAUUCUUGAAUAUAGGAAAUUAAAUUUGUGGCAUAUGUAAUGAUUCUUAAUUUCAUACUGCUUAUUUUUUCUUUACUAAUCAAUAAUCAAUAAUAGUAAUAAAUCUAUGUCAAGUGCUUAUGAAUUCAAUUCCUGCUCAAUACCUUAUUCAUUUUUUCCCCUAUUCUAUUAAAUGCUUCUGAGAGAAGCUGUUUUAAGUUUAACUUCUGUCAUCGUUUUCCUCUUUAUCAUCCAAAUUCAAAUUUACUGAAGACAGUUCAUCAUUUUUGUUCAAAAUAGUUCUUCCUCCCUCUCUCUCUCUCUCUCUCUCUCUCUGCAUAUGACCACAACAUAGAUCUUACAGACAAGAUCGUCGUUCUUCAUUUACAAUUUUGAAGGAGUGAGAGUGGAAAUAUGCAAGAGUUUGGUGGUUUGUUGGCAACUGCAAUGGUGGACCAAAGGAACAGCUGGAGCUGGGACCUAGCUGGCUUUGAACCCUAGAGGUCGCUGUUGCCAGAGCAAGAUGAUCAGAAACAUAUUGCACUGUUGGUGAGGAUAAACUCUACCUCACUGUGGAAUCAAGGGACAAGGUGUCUUUUAGAGAAUUUCAGUGAC